AAUAAAAUCACUUUUUUGUUGGCAUUGUACAUUGUGGUUAACAAAAGAGGAGAGACCUGAAUGAAAAUUUAUUGUUUCAGUUCAAGCAGACGUGUUAAGAGAACAAAAGUAGAGAUUCAGUACUCGAUUAAGUUGAUUCAUUGGUAAAGAAGGAACGACGAUUGACGAUUAGCGGCAAACAAAACAGGUUGUUGGUUUUUGUUUCGGUCACUGCGCUGGCCGAAUCAUUGAUGCAGGUCCGUGGUCCAGGGCGUAGUCCUGGCCUCCUCCACCGCUUCCUACUCUUCAGAUGCCAAGGACACUCUUUUUACUUCUUCUUCGACGACUUCUUUUUUGCUUCAUUGAACACAUGAUGGCCAGCGGCCUGAUUCGGCUAUAAAAUGGCUCAUCCCUCGACGAGAGGCAUAAGUCGUUUAUUGCUUCUCGACCAGCACACAACCAACAAACCAACCAGCACCAUGAAGGCCGUCGCAGCUUUUGUCCUCCUUGUAGUGGCCCUGUUCGCCAUUGCUCAGGCCGCUGAACAGAAGGAGACACUGAAGGGCGAAUCCACAGCCUACUACGGAGCUUACCCCUACGCCGCCGCCGCUUACGGAGCAUACCCCUACGCCUACUCUGCAUACCCCUACGCAUCAGCCUAUGGAGCUUACCCCUAUGGAGCCUACCCCUACUCUGCCUACCCCUACUACUACAGAUAAGCAUCUCACUUCGGAUCACAUCAACAAUCGACUGACAAUAUCUCUCAUUACCUUCUGAAGUGGACAUCUCCACAACAACCCCCUACCAGCUACCAUUUCCUGUUUGUUCUGUUUUAUGGUUUAUUGAAUCAAUAAAUCACAAUUAGUUCAAUACAAA